AUGUCGGCGGACCUCAUCCCGGCCAACCCGGCAGACCUUAUGGUCAUCCGCAAUGUCACGCCCAACAUUGCGACUUUCUCAGUGCCAUUUUCGCGAUUUGGCAGGAUCAAGAUUGGUGGCCGUGGCACCCUUGUCAAGCUCACAUCCGGCAACCUCGCCGUCUUCUCUCCCGUCGCCCUCACAGAAGAAACCAGGGCCAAAGUCAACGAGUUCGGCGGCAACGUAGGCUACAUUGUCGCUCUCGACUUUGAGCACCACAUCUUCAUCUCCGAAUGGGCCAAGCAAUGGCCCAAUGCCAAAAUCAUUGGCCCCGAGGGUCUUCCCGAGAAGCGCGCCAAGCAGCUCAAGGAUCCUAAAAUCAACGACGACAACUUUGCCGUUAUUUUCAAAAAGGACGGCAAGCGCGACGUCAAAAUCAGCCAAGAGUUUGAUGCCGAUUUCGACUACGAGUACGUCGAUGGCCAUGCAAACAAGGAAAUCGUCUUCAACUACAAGCCAGACAAGGUCCUCAUCGAGGCCGACCUGCUGUUCAAUCUGCCCGCCACCGAGCAGUACAGCAAGGUGCCCGAGUCGCAGAGACCGGGUGGUUUUCUUGACAAGCUAUUCCGAGGCGUGCAGAACACCGAGGGAGAUGCGACCUGGGCCAAGCGGUUUAAUUGGUAUCUUGCCAAGGACCGCAACAGCAUGAAUGAGAGCCUCAAGGUGAUUGCGCAGUGGGAUUUUACAACAUUGAUUCCUUGCCACGGCGAUGUUAUUGAGGGUAAUGCGAAGGAGGUGUUUGACAAGAUCUUUGAGUGGAACUUGCGUGGCAAGAUGUAA